AUGGGAGGAAUCAACAUCAAGUGCAGAUAUGAGGAUGAAUAUAAAGACAAACCCAAAUCUUUCUAUCUGUCCUAUGAGCAGUCCAUCAGUAAGACUGUCCAUGUAGGAGGAGAUUUGACUGUCAGCUGUAAAUACCCAGAAUCCCGCAGGAGUGACCCCAAGUUUCUCUGCAAGAUGAGCCUGCAAGAUUCUGCUUGUUCUGAUAAAGAAUCUGUUAAAGAAAGCAGAAAAGAUGUAAAGGAGGGGAAAUUCUCCCUAUCUACGUGUCCCAGGUUCAACCUCCAAACCCACACAACCGUCAUCAUCAUCACCACCACCAUCAUCAUCAUCAUCGUCAGCAUCACCAUCACCAUCAUCAUCGUCAUCAUCACCAACACCACCAUCAUCAUCAUCACCAACACCAUCAUCAUCACCACCACCACGAUCAUCACCACCACCACCAUCACCACCACCAUCAUCAUCAUCAUCACUACCAUCAUCAUCAUCACCACCACCACCAUCAUCAUCGUCAUCACCACCACCACCAUCACCACCACCAUCAUCAUCAUCACCAACACCAUCAUCAUCACCACCACCACGAUCAUCAUCACCACCAUCAUCAUCAUCAUCACCACCACCAUCAUCAUCGUCAUCAUCACCACCACCACCAUCACCACCACCAUCAUCAUCAUCAUCAUCAUCAUCACUACCAUCAUCAUCAUCACCACCACCACCAUCAUCAUCGUCAUCAUCACCACCACCACCACCAUCAUCACCACCACGAUCAUUAUCAUCAUCAUUGUCACCAUCAUCACCACCACCAUCAUCACUAUCACCACCACCACCACCACCACCACCAUCAUCACUAUCAUCACCACCUCCACCACCACCACCACCACCAUCAUCACUAUCAUCACCACCUCCACCACCAUCAUCACUACCACCAUCAUCAUCAUCAUCAUCAUCAUCACCAUCACCACCACCAUCAUCAUCAUCACCAACACCAUCAUCAUCACCACCACCACGAUCAUCAUCACCACCAUCAUCAUCAUCAUCACCACCACCAUCAUCAUCGUCAUCAUCACCACCACCACCAUCACCACCACCAUCAUCAUCAUCAUCAUCAUCAUCACUACCAUCAUCAUCACCACCACCACCAUCAUCAUCACCACCAUCAUCAUCAUCAUCAUCAUCAUCACCAUCACCAUCAUCAUUAUCACUAUCAUCAUCACCACCUUCAACAUCACCACCACCACCAUCAUCAUCAUCACUAUCAUCAUCGUCAUCAUCAUCACCACCACCACCAUCAUCAUUGUCACCAUCACCAUCACCGUCAUCAUCGUCAUCAUCAUCACCACCACCAUCAUCAUCAUCAUCGUCAGCAUCACCAUCACCAUCAUCAUCGUCAUCAUCACCAACACCACCAUCAUCAUCAUCACCAACACCAUCAUCAUCACCACCACCACGAUCAUCAUCACCACCAUCAUCAUCAUCAUCACCACCACCAUCAUCAUCGUCAUCAUCACCACCACCACCAUCACCACCACCAUCAUCAUCAUCAUCAUCAUCAUCACUACCAUCAUCAUCAUCACCACCACCACCAUCAUCAUCGUCAUCAUCACCACCACCACCAUCACCACCACCAUCAUCAUCAUCACCAACACCAUCAUCAUCACCACCACCACGAUCAUCAUCACCACCAUCAUCAUCAUCAUCACCACCACCAUCAUCAUCGUCAUCAUCACCACCACCACCAUCACCACCACCACCAUCAUCAUCAUCAUCAUCACUACCAUCAUCAUCAUCACCACCACCACCAUCAUCAUCGUCAUCAUCACCACCACCACCACCAUCAUCACCACCACGAUCAUUAUCAUCAUCAUUGUCACCAUCAUCACCACCACCAUCAUCACUAUCAUCACCACCACCACCACCACCACCAUCAUCACUAUCAUCACCACCUCCACCACCACCACCACCACCAUCAUCACUAUCAUCACCACCUCCACCACCAUCAUCACUACCACCAUCAUCAUCAUCACCAUCACCACCACCAUCAUCAUCAUCACCAACACCAUCAUCAUCACCACCACCACGAUCAUCAUCACCACCAUCAUCAUCAUCAUCACCACCACCAUCAUCAUCGUCAUCAUCACCACCACCACCAUCACCACCACCAUCAUCAUCAUCAUCAUUAUCAUCACUACCAUCAUCAUCAUCACCACCACCACCAUCAUCAUCGUCAUCAUCACCACCACCACCACCAUCAUCACCACCACGAUCAUUAUCAUCAUCAUUGUCACCAUCAUCACCACCACCAUCAUCACUAUCAUCACCACCACCACCACCACCACCAUCAUCACUAUCAUCACCACCUCCACCACCACCACCACCACCAUCAUCACUAUCAUCACCACCUCCACCACCAUCAUCACUACCACCAUCAUCAUCAUCACCAACAUCACCAUCAUCAUCAUCACCAACACCAUCAUCAUCACCACCACCACGAUCAUCACCACCACCAUCAUCAUCGUCAUCAUCACCACCACCACCAUCACCACCACCAUCAUCAUCAUCAUCAUCAUCAUCACUACCAUCAUCAUCAUCACCACCACCACCAUCAUCAUCGUCAUCAUCACCACCACCACCAUCACCACCACCAUCAUCAUCAUCACCAACACCAUCAUCAUCACCACCACCACGAUCAUCAUCACCACCAUCAUCAUCAUCAUCACCACCACCAUCAUCAUCGUCAUCAUCACCACCACCACCAUCACCACCACCAUCAUCAUCAUCAUCAUCAUCAUCAUCACUACCAUCAUCAUCAUCACCACCACCACCAUCAUCAUCGUCAUCAUCACCACCACCACCACCAUCAUCACCACCACGAUCAUUAUCAUCAUCAUUGUCACCAUCAUCACCACCACCAUCAUCACUAUCAUCACCACCACCACCACCACCACCAUCAUCACUAUCAUCACCACCUCCACCACCACCACCACCACCAUCAUCACUAUCAUCACCACCUCCACCACCAUCAUCACUACCACCACCAUCAUCAUCAUCAUCAUCAUCAUCAUCACCAUCACCACCACCAUCAUCAUCACCACCAUCAUCAUCAUCAUCACCACCACCAUCAUCAUCGUCAUCAUCACCACCACCACCAUCACCACCACCAUCAUCAUCAUCAUCAUCAUCACUACCAUCAUCAUCAUCACCACCACCACCAUCAUCAUCGUCAUCACCACCACCACCACCAUCAUCACCACCACGAUCAUUAUCAUCAUCAUUGUCACCAUCAUCACCACCACCAUCAUCACUAUCAUCACCACCACCACCACCACCACCAUCAUCACUAUCAUCACCACCUCCACCACCACCACCACCACCAUCAUCACUAUCAUCACCACCUCCACCACCAUCAUCACUACCACCAUCAUCAUCACCAACACCACCAUCAUCAUCAUCACCAACACCAUCAUCACCACCACCACGAUCAUCACCACCACCAUCAUCAUCGUCAUCAUCACCACCACCACCAUCACCACCACCAUCAUCAUCAUCAUCAUCAUCAUCACUACCAUCAUCAUCAUCACCACCACCACCAUCAUCAUCGUCAUCAUCACCACCACCACCAUCACCACCACCAUCAUCAUCAUCACCAACACCAUCAUCAUCACCACCACCACGAUCAUCAUCACCACCAUCAUCAUCAUCAUCACCACCACCAUCAUCAUCGUCAUCAUCACCACCACCACCAUCACCACCACCAUCAUCAUCAUCAUCAUCAUCAUCACUACCAUCAUCAUCAUCACCACCACCACCAUCAUCAUCGUCAUCAUCACCACCACCACCACCAUCAUCACCACCACGAUCAUUAUCAUCAUCAUUGUCACCAUCAUCACCACCACCAUCAUCACUAUCAUCACCACCACCACCACCACCACCAUCAUCACUAUCAUCACCACCUCCACCACCACCACCACCACCAUCAUCACUAUCAUCACCACCUCCACCACCAUCAUCACUACCACCACCAUCAUCAUCAUCAUCAUCAUCAUCAUCACCAUCACCACCACCAUCAUCAUCAUCACCAACACCAUCAUCAUCACCACCACGAUCAUCAUCACCACCAUCAUCAUCAUCAUCACCACCACCAUCAUCAUCGUCAUCAUCACCACCACCACCAUCACCACCACCAUCAUCAUCAUCAUCAUCAUCAUCACUACCAUCAUCAUCAUCACCACCACCACCAUCAUCAUCGUCAUCAUCACCACCAUCAUCACCACCACGAUCAUUAUCAUCAUCAUUGUCACCAUCAUCACCACCACCAUCAUCACUAUCAUCACCACCACCACCACCACCACCAUCAUCACUAUCAUCACCACCUCCACCACCAUCAUCACUACCACCACCAUCAUCAUCAUCAUCAUCAUCAUCAUCACCAUCAUCAUCUUGGCCUACUCCAGCUUCUCCUCGAGCAGGAUUUCCAGCUUCCACUGUGAUCACUGUGUCUGUAAUUCUGCUGCUGCUUCUGAUUGGAAUCAUAUUCCUCAUUUUGACUCUACGAAAGAGAUGCAGUAAGCAAGAGCCCCAGUCCCAACUGAAGAGAAGCAGGCCUACAGCAUGAUGCUGCCACCAUCAUGCUUCACUGUGGGCAUAGUGUUCCUUGGGUUCCUCUUGAUGUUUGUGAGUACGAGGAGAUUAAAGACACCAGACGACUUUCUGCCUCAGACACUGGAUCUUCUUCAGUUUACUCUACUGCUCAACUACCCACAGUCCUCUCUGAUCCUCAACCUGUUUAUUCAAACAGAGUUACCCACAAGCCCCUGUGAUUCUGCUGUUUAUUCUACUGCUCAACGAUCAGGACAUCCACUCCACAGCUCAGUUUCCCACACGUCUCUCGGCUGAGAAAUCUGCUGAAGGUCCGACUUCCACAGCAGUGAUGUUACUUCAUCUAUUUAGUUUAGCAUCAUUAGGACUUCAGUCAUGUGGCACUGGAACUCUACUGUUUUGUUCAGAUAUCUGUUCUUCUCCUUCUUCCUCUUCCUCUUCAUCCUCCCCCGUUCCCCUUUCCUCAAAAGCAGUAUUUUCUGCAAUGACUGUGUAUAGUGAAGAUGCCUUAUUCUUAUUCUACUUAGCUAAUUUGCAUGAUAUAACAGACCUAGGGUUUAUAAUUGGAAUUACCUGAUCUGGUUUUAUGCUGGAAGCAGGUGUUUCCUUCUGUAAGGGUGAUAAGAGCAGUUCAUGUUUGUUCACAUUUCAACAGCCCAAAUGUGUCAGUUGGUAUGUGAUGGAGCUCUGUCAGGUAGCAAGAGUCCUGCAGGAAAUGUUAAAGAUCAGUCACAGUCACUGGUUGAAUGGCUGAUCCUGCUGGUUUUGUGCUUCCUGAAGAUGUUUCUGCACAAUUUUCCCUUCACCUCUAUGUGUUCCUGUAUUCAUGUGGGCCAGACUGAGGAGGGCAGCGCUAACAUGUGAGACUCAGACGCUGACCAGACGCUUACCAGAUGCUGACCAGGAUUCCGUUCACAGUGACAGCACACAUUGGGCCUGCUUUUAUUUUAUAUAAUUACAACAUACAGCCUGCCACUUUGGUUGGAAGGUAGAAAUGUGUAUUAUUUCGUGUUGCCGUGACUUCUUCAUAUAAUAUUAUUAGAAGUGAUAAUGUAUUAGUUUUUACUCUAUUUUUUUUAUUACUAUCUAAUUUUUAUUCUAUCCCUCUUCAGAAAAUCUUCCUUUUUCAUGUAACAUAUAUUGAUGUGUGCAUGAUUCUGACAAUUCAAGGAAUCUCAGAUUAGUCUAUGACCUCUGACCUCUGACCUCUAGUGACCUUUUGAGCAUGCAUUAACUACUUUCCCCUGUGAACAUGUGCCAAAACUUCUCACAAGCAAUGUGUAGACACUGAUGUUAGAGGGAAAUGAAGCAUGUCUCAGUGCUCAGUGCUCAGCAAACUGAAGUGCACUCAUAUGUGGAAGUUUCUCUAUACGCUCUUUUUUAAUGAUCACGCUCACUGAUACUGCUCUGUACUCUCAUAUCUGCUGUUCUCCAGCUCUUUACUCUAUUAUUAUUAUUGAUGUAUAUAACUCUGAAGUUGGAUUGGCAUCAAACGAACACUGAAAGUCACAGCAAUAGUAAAUUUCAGUGUUUAAUAUUCACCAGAAUAUUAUUCAGUGAGGAUUCAGAACUCGGGCACAGUAAAAAAAUAAAAUAAAAUAAAAGAUUUUCAACAAGCA